AUGUCGUUGGAUUGGCGGUUUAUCGGCUCUGGCUGUCGCCACUGGCCGGAUUCCCAGGGCCUAGGCUUGCGGCGGCUACUGCAUGGUACGAGUUCUACUUUGAUGCGCUCUGCCACGGCAAAUAUACAUUCGAAAUUGCCCGAAUGCACAAAGAAUAUGGUUGACGAUCACAGGCCAAUCGUUCGUAUCAGUCCGUGGGAGCUCCAUGUCGACGAUCCGAGCUUCUACGAAGUGCUUUAUUCGCGCAACAGUCCUCGUCAUAAGUACAAGUUUUAUGCAAACAUAUUUGGCAACGAGAGGGCAACCAUUGCCGUGCUGGACCAUGCACACCACCGCCUGCUUAGAUCGAAUAUGAACCCCUACUUCUCCACGGCGCGUGUCCGACAGCUCGAGCCAGAAAUACGGACGCUAGCUAACAAGCUGUGUCAUCGUCUCAAGUCCUUUCAAGGAACAAGCGUCCCCAUCAACAUGCACCAUGCAUACAGCUGUUUCGCAACCGACAUCAUAUCCGAUUAUACCAUAGGUAUUUGGUUUCACUUCUUGGACACCUCGGAUUUUUCCCCACAGUGGAGUGAAACAUUAAGCGGGAUAGCAAAGAGCAGUGUCUUUUUCAAGCCCUUUCCCUGGCUGCUCGCAAUAAUGAAAGCAUUGCCGGAAGGGCUUGUGGGCUGGCUUAAUCCCGGAAUGGGGCUGAUGUUCAAAUUUCAACAUCGCUGCCGGGAGCGUAUAACUUCUAUUAUCGAAAGCCAGAAAAACGGAACUGAGGAGAAAGUUAAGUUCUCUCAUCCGACAUCUUUUCAUGAUGUAUUGAGGAGCAACUUGCCGUCUGAAGAGAAGAAUGCUGAGCGAUUGGCGCAGGAGAUCCAGGUGGUGAUUGGUGCUGGAGGCGAAACCGUCGCCAAAGCUUUGAGCUGGAUUACUUAUUAUCUUUUAGAAAACCCACAGACUCUAGAGAAAUUAAAGAAGGAGCUCAAUGAAAAGGAUCCAGAUCAGCAAGCGUCGUUGACAGAGUUGGAGAAUAUGCCUUAUUUGACUUCGGUAAUACUAGAGGGGCUCAGGCUUUCAUACGGGGUCAGCACCCGACUGGCCCGAAUCUCUCCAGACCGAGCUCUGCAGUUUAACGACUGGACUAUUCCCGCAGGAACCCCUAUUAGUAUGACCAGCGUCUUUAUGCAUCACAAUGGAACCAUCUUUCCAGACUCGUAUAACUUCGUUCCAGAGCGAUGGAUGGACGUGGAACAACGCAAGCAGCUUGAAAAAUACAUGGUCGCCUUCACCAAAGGAUCACGGCAGUGUAUUGGAAUGAACCUUGCCCGGUCAGAAAUGCUGUUGGCCAUAUCGAAGGUAUUCCGUGAACUGAGCUUCGAGCUGUACGAGACAAACCGAGAGGAUGUCACCCUGGCCCACGAGCUUUUCCUACCGUUCCCGAAGCUUUCAAGCAAAGGCAAUAUGCACCUCACUCUUUCUCGGAGGACCUUGAAGCCAUACAUCGCCGAGUUCCUCGGAACGGCCCUCCUUAUUGUCAUCGGAGACGGAGUGGUCGCACAAUGUCUUCUAUCCGACUAUCGAUACGGCACCUGGUUGUCCAUCAACAUUGCCUGGGCAGCUGCCGUCUGCAUAUCUAGCUAUCUCGACAACCCCAGUCCUUCUAUCAACCCGGCUGUCACCAUCUGUAUGGCCCUAGUUCGCCCUGCUGAAGGCCAGUGGAAAAAGCUGCCCGGUAAGCUAUUCGCCCAGUUUCUGGGCGGAUUUGUCGGUGCCGCACUCGUAUAUAUCAACUAUCGCUCGGCCAUUCGGGCAUGGGAUCCCGAGUAUACCAUCCCCGGAGGAUCAAUUCUAAGUCCCCGAGGCCACCAUUCGGCCGGCAUUUUCUCGACCUAUCCCUCCGACUUGCUAGUUUCAAACUGGGAGGCUGCUUUCUCGGAAGGUCUUGGUGCCGCCGUUCUCAUGUUUGGGGCUCUCAGCAUCUCGGAUGCUGGCAACGCACUUCGAUUCCAGUCUCCGCAGCUCUCGAUGUUCCUGCUACUUCUUGCUAUUGGUGCUGCUCUUGGUUGGCAGACAGGAUACGCUAUUAACCCGGCGCGUGACUUUGGUCCAAGGCUGUUCUCCGCAAUCGUCUACGGGAGCGAGGUUUUUAGCGCUGACGGCUACUACUUCGUCGUCCCUCUGUUCGCUCCAAUUGUUGGCUGUCUCGUGGGAGCUAUAACCUAUGACUCGUUCCUCUACGAAGGCGAAGGGUCUCGCGUUACGGAUACUCUUGACAAGGUGGAGAAUCGAGAUGGCACUCUCCGAUUGGAUUGA